UCAAAGUUCAGUUUUGUAUUCAGUUCUUUGCUCUUAGUACUAGACAGCACUUCAGUAAAGCCUUAAGGAUGUGGGUAAUUACGGUAAUCUCUGUGGCCCUUCUGCUGGUCAGUCCAUCCUUGGCUGGGAUCAAAGAAAUCAGCUCACACUUUAGUGACCCCGUACCAGACCCCAGAGGCUAUGAACCAGGAGGGGCAGUGGAUAUAGACACCAUGCCCUUGGAAUUCCACAAAGAAAACACUGUCACUAAUGACCUGGUUUUUGAUGGCUUUGAGGAUGAAGAUUACAUUGAUUUUGAUAAGAUCCUGGCUGCGGGCAGUGACGACUACAUCGAAGGAGAUGAGAUUGAUGAGAUUGCAACACCAGCUCCAGACAUUGACAUCUUUGCCGAACCAUCUGACCCAAAGAUUCGCCGUGCCAGACUCCUACGGCUGUUCCAUGGUCGGUCUCGCCUUCAACGCCUCAACAGUAUCAAUGCCCGUUUUGGUUUUAAUCUCUAUCGAAGUCUUCGAAACAAUGUCAACCAGACUGACAACAUCCUGCUGGCACCUGCUGGGAUCUCAAUCGCUAUGGGGAUGAUGUCUUUAGGGGCAGGACCUGGAACCCAUGAUCAGAUCUACAAAGUUCUGGGAUUCGCUGAAUUUGUUAAUGCAAGCAUUCAUUAUGACAACACAACAGUGCACAAGCUCUUCAGGAAGUUGACGCACAGGCUCUUCCGGAGGAACUUUGGUUACACACUGCGCUCUGUAAAUGAUGUCUAUGUGAAGAAGGAUGUCUCAGUGAAAGAUACUUUCCGUGCAGAGACAAAGGCUUAUUAUUUUGCAGAACCACAGUCAGUGGACUUCAAGGAUCCUGCCUUUCUGGACAAGGCAAAUCGUCGCAUCCUGAAGCUGACAAAAGGACUGAUCAGGGAACCACUCAAGAGUGUGGACCCAAAUAUGGUGCUGAUGCUGCUCAACUACCUGUACUUCAAAGGUACAUGGGAGCAGAAGUUCCCCAAAGAAGUGACUCACUAUCGCAACUUUCGCGUAAAUGAAAAAACAAACGUUCGUGUGCCAAUGAUGACCAACAAAGGGAAUUACCUGGCUGCUGCCGACCAUGAACUAGAGUGUGACAUCCUACAGCUCCCAUAUUCAGGAAACAUCAGCAUGCUCAUUGCCUUGCCUCGGAAGAUCACUGGCAUGAGGACCUUGGAACAAGAGAUCUCCCCCACUGUUGUCAACAAGUGGCUCAAAAACAUGACAAAUAGGACCCGUGAGGUUGUGUUACCUCGCUUUAAACUGGAGCAGAACUAUGACUUGAUUGCCAAUUUGAAGGAGAUGGGCCUCACUGACUUAUUCCAGGAGCAUGGAGACUUCACUGGAAUGACCUCUGAAAAGGUUGCCAUGAACUGGCUGAAACACCAGGGAACCAUCACUGUGAAUGAAGAAGGGACUGAGGCUGCUGCUCUGACCCAGGUGGGAUUCAUGCCUCUCUCCUCUCAGAUACGCUUCACCGUGGACCAACCCUUCCUUUUCCUUAUCUACGAGCACCGCACAGACUGCCUUGUGUUCAUGGGUCGGGUGGUCAAUCCUUCACAGAACUAACUUGAAGAAAAGGUCCCACUAAAAGUUGAACUAUUCCCUACAAAUUAAAUGUUUCACUUCAGUAAGUUUCAGUGUAACUGAAACACUACUGCUACUAACUGCAGAAGUGUUAUUCUUAAUACUCAAUUACUUUCAUUGGAACAAAAAGAAAAUGUAACAUCAAGUAAUGAGCCCAUUUUGGGUGUAUGUUAUCUGUGGCUGAACCUUCAGCCUGUUCAGAAGACUCAGCCUGUCUUGAGAGUUUGUCUCAAUGAUUCAUUGAAUGCUUGUUAUCAUCUGUCUGUUAAUGUUUUGCAAUGAUGUUGGUGGACACGUGAGACAUUACGAAAGUGUCAUAGCUUUAAUGCUGUAAUAAUAGCAGAAAAACUGUGGAAUAAUGAAUUGAAGGGGAUAAUAAAAUAAUAUAUAACACUA